AUGGAGUUACAACAAAAUGGUUUCAUUCAAAGUGAAAAUGAAAAUAGAGAGUUGAUAAUUCACAUGGAAAACAUGUUACAAAGUGUUGAACUUCCCUUAGUUUCACGUUGUUGUAUAUACAAAGUACCUCAAAAAAUCCGAAAACUCAACCAAGAAGCCUAUACUCCAACCAUUGUUUCCAUUGGUCCAUUUCACAAUGGAGACAAGAGGUUAGAAUCAAUGGAAGAUCUCAAAUUGAGGUACCUCAAGAGUUUUUUCUUAGAAAGGACUCAUAAGGGGUUAGGAGAUUGCAUUGGUUACAUCAAAAAAUCUGAAGAAAUCAUUAGAUCUUGUUACUCAGAAGCCAUUGAACAAACUAGUGAUGAUUUUGUUAAGAUUAUUUUAACCGAUGCUUGUUUUAUAAUUGAGUAUUUUCUUCGGUCGCUUGAGUGGCCACAAGAAGAUCCUUUGUUAUCCAAACCAUGGUUGAGGUGUGAUGUGAAGCUUGAUCUCAUAUUACUUGAAAAUCAGCUUCCUUGGUUUGUUCUUGAAGACUUGUUCAACCUAACAGAACCUAGUUGCAUCGAUGGCGAGGUUUCUUCAUUUUUUGAUGUUGCUUUUCAUUAUUUUAAGGUUCAUUUCCUGCAGAGUAUAUUGCCUAAUGAAACAAAUAACAAGAACUUCACUAUCAAUUAUUUUCAUGAGCACUAUCAACAAUAUAUAAUGAAACCGGAUCAAGUUAGUAUGCAAUUACAUAACCUCACUGAUCUGUUAAGAGUAUUUUACUUGCCACCUGAUAUGCUACCAAAGAGGGAAAAACAAAUAGUGAAGCAUUUGUUUAGUGCAAGCCAGUUAGUAGAAGCAGGUGUAAAACUCCAUGUUGGUCAAGAUUACCAAAGUGUACUUGAGUUAAAAUUUGCAAAGGGCGCGCUUACAAUACCGAGAUUCGAAGUUUGUCACUGGACUGAGACGCUUUUAAGGAAUGUAGUUGCGUUCGAGCAAUGUCAUUAUCCGUUUCAGACUUACAUAACUGAUUAUACAAUCCUGUUGGAUUUCUUGAUUGAUACAAGUCAAGAUGUUGAUAAACUUGUUGAGAAGGGAAUAAUGAUUAACACAUUGGGUGAUAGCAAUGCAGUUGCUAAAAUGAUUAACAAUCUUUGCCUUAAUGUUGUUCAGGAAAAUAUCAAUGGCGGUUAUAUUUCGCUAUGCAGAAAAUUGAAUUGCUUUUAUGAGGACCCUUCUCAUAAAUAUAAGGCAAUCUUCAUACAUGAUUACUUCAGCACUCCUUGGAAAAUAACAUCUUUUGCAGCUGCAAUUGUGCUACUACUGCUUACUCUAAUUCAAGCUACAUGUUCUAUUAUCUCAUUAUUUUAG